CCCGCGCGGGGGCCCGACGAGCCGAGCCGCGCGGCCGGAGGGAGCGGCCGGAUGGAGCGGAGGAUGAAAGGCGGAUACUUGGACCAGCAAGUGCCCUACACCUUCUGCAGCAAAUCGCCUGGCAAUGGAAUCUUGCGCGAAGCUCUGAUGGUCCCCCAGGGGAAGCUCGUGGAUCCGGGCUCCCUGCCGCCCCCCGACUCAGAAGAUCUCUUCCAGGAUCUCAGUCACUUUCAAGAGACGUGGCUGGCUGAAGCUCAGGUACCGGACAGUGAUGAACAGUUUGUUCCUGAUUUCCAUUCUGAAAACUUAGCUUUCCACAGCCCCACCACCAGGAUCAAGAAGGAGCCCCGGGGUCCCCGCACAGAGCCAGCUGUGCCCUGCAGCAGAAGCUGCCCCCGCCCUUACCAUGGGGAGCAGUGCCUUUAUUCCAUGGCUUUUGACCCCCUUAGACAAAUCGCCAUCAAGUCUCCUGCCCCUGGUGCCCCUGGACAGUCACCCUUGCAGCCUUUCACCCGGGCAGAACAACGGAAUUUCCUGAGAUCCUCUGGUGCCGCCCAGCCCCACCCUGGCCAUGGGUACCUCGGGGAGCACAGCUCCGUCUUCCAGCAACCCCUGGACAUUGGCCACUCCUUCACCUCCUCUCAGGGAGGGUCCCGGGACCCCCUCCAAACCCCUUACCAGCACCAGCUGUCGGAGCCCUGCCCUCCCUACCCCCAACAGAGCUUCAAGCAGGAAUACCUUGACCCCCUGUAUGAGCAGGCGGGCCAGCCCCCUGUGGGCCAGGGUGGGGCCACUGGGCACAGGUACCCAGGGGUGGGGGUGGUGAUCAAACAGGAGCAGACGGACUUCGCCUAUGACUCAGAUUUCCCCGGGUGUAAUUCUGUGUACCUCCACGCUGAGGGUUUCUCUGGGCCUUCCCCUGGGGAUGGCACUGUGGGUUAUGGUUACGAGAAACCGCUGAGGCCAUUCCCAGAUGAUGUCUGCGUCGUCCCUGAGAAAUUUGAAGGAGACAUCAAGCAGGAAGGGGUUGGGGCAUUUCGAGAAGGCCCGCCCUACCAGCGCCGGGGUGCACUGCAGCUCUGGCAGUUUCUGGUGGCCCUGUUGGAUGACCCCACCAACGCCCAUUUCAUUGCUUGGACUGGCCGGGGGAUGGAGUUCAAACUCAUCGAGCCUGAGGAGGUUGCCAGGCUCUGGGGCAUCCAGAAGAACCGGCCCGCUAUGAACUAUGACAAGCUGAGUCGCUCACUCCGAUACUACUAUGAGAAAGGCAUCAUGCAGAAGGUGGCAGGUGAACGCUACGUGUACAAGUUUGUCUGUGAGCCCGAGGCCCUCUUCUCCCUGGCUUUCCCGGACAAUCAGCGGCCAGCACUCAAGGCUGAGUUUGAGCGGCCUGUCAGUGAGGAGGACACAGUCCCUUUGUCACACUUAGAUGAGAGCCCUGCUUACCUCCCAGAGAUGGCUGGCCCUGCCCAGCCCUUUGGCCCCAAGGGCGGCUACUCCUACUAGCCCCUAGCAGCUGCCCCCUGCUAUCGUGGGCACUGCCCUGUGUACAUAGAGAUGAAUCUGGCAUUGGGAACCUUUCACUCUGUGGCCCACGGAGGUCUUGGGGGCACGUCCCAUUAUCCUACCUGGCCUGUCUGAGCUGCUCCCUGGUCUCUGGGAAGGAAUAGGGACAUGGCCAGUGUACAGGUGGAGGUGGGGAGCUUAAGGCUCUGGUUCCCUCUUAGGUCCUGCUUCAAGACCCUCCUCACUGGAGAACAAGUGUGUCUGUUCUGGAGGGUGGUGUUCCCACUUCCUCCAGGCAGUGAGGGCUGCAAUGCACUCCAGAUCUCCCAUUGCAGGGGAGCGAGCCUGAAUCUGAACCCUCUUCUCUGCUCCAAGCUGUGACCCUGGGUGGUUCUACCUGUCAGUUCUUGGUGCUCUGUGUUGCCAGAAGCAGGAGGCUGGAUCAGGACUGUGGGACCACCAGGGGGCUGCUGGCAAAUAGGGCUUCUGAACCCCGCCGGGGUCUUUGUCUUCUGGGUCCAGACCUGGGAAUUCAAGUCCCCCCUCUGCCUGUCUGGUGGGCCCCAAUAAAGGCUCCUGCUUCCUGUCA